CCAUUUUUUGAGCACGGCUUUAUUUUUAGGUUACUUGUAAAAAGUGUAAAUAUGAAACAAAACAAGCAAAUAAUUUGACAAAAACCAUGUCGACAAAAAUUAGAUCGACACAAAAACACUUUCGUUAGUGAAUAUUACUGCACCUUAACAAUAGGUGGUUGAACAUGGCCUCGGACCAAGAACUCCUCCUAUACAAAGAAAUCAUAAACCGAGGGUGUUGCCAGCGCUGCGCCCUCCGAUAUUUAUGUUGCGAUAAAACUUUGAUAAGUUUUGACUUCCCCAGCACUUCUUUGGUUAACUUUGGUUAUAUGUCUCCGAUGGAAGAGUUUGAAAUGGAACGUCCGUCCAAAAAAAAAAAGCCUAACGCAUGUACUGUCUGUUUAGGUCUUUUCCAAGAUCCCUUGAUUGAGGAAAUAAUGACACAUGAAGAUAUUUCGAAAAUUGCAGAAUACAAGUGUCAAUUGUAUACAGUACAUAUAACCUUUCCAGCUUGCGUACUUAUAAGAGAUCAUAGUAUGAAAAUACACUUACAAAGAAUGUUUCCAGAGACAUUUAAUGUUGAGGCAGUUACAAAGAUUAAUCAUUUUUGGCGUCAAUGUGUUGAACACAAGCUAUCGAAGCUUCUGGGAAAAAAGUGUAAUCCGCGCACAUCCAAGCUGACUCUUCACUUUUAUACUAGUUAUCAGUUGGAGAAUGAAGAAGUGGCUUUUGUUCAAGAAUUUGUCAAGGAUAAUUUAGUACACCCAUCAAGUAGACACUCUGUUGCCACGUUAUUGCAAUCAGUACCGGAUGAAAAAUUUAUACAGAUGGUAAAUAUUCCUCCGAAAGUACCGUUCUACAGCUUGGAUUUAGCAGAGUUCAAGGUUUUCUCAGAAUCAAUUCAUCUUAUAGGAAAUUACUGUAAAUAUUCAAGAAAGUUAUUGCAAAUGCAAAUACCAGAUGAUCUCGCUGAUUAUACUGCAGGUGAUAGUGUAGAAAAUAUUAUUGUGAGAGCUGUAAAGCAGGUUGUAGGAGAGAUAAAACAGGUAUCAUUUCAAGCCUCCAGUUUUGAUGAUCCAUCUGUGAGAGUUUUAGGAAAUGGUAAAACUUUCCAUUUACAGCUAUUUGAUCCCAAAUUUGAAGAAAUACCUCGCUCCGUUUGUCAAAAAAUUGAAAAAAUCAUUAACAAGACUAAAGUAGUCCGUGUGACAAAUCUACAACAAAACAAUAAGAAGGACAUUUCUCUAGCUAUGGAUUCAGAAAAUUUGAGUCCGCGUUUGUUCAAAGCCUUGUGCCUAAUUCAAGACUUCAAAAAUUUAGAUCAGUGCAUAAACGCUGUCAAUAUGUACCCAAACUUAAUGGUUAACCAAAAACUCCCAAUUAGAAUGUUGCAUCAAAAUCGACGAUACGACCUUCGCAAGAAAAAAAUUUAUUUUAUGAAAGCCACUAAAUUGAGAGAUAAUUUAAUUGAGUUAGAAUUAUGUAUAGAAAACGGACUCAACAUUCGAGAAUUUAUUGAUGGAGAUUUGGGACGAACUAGUCCGUCCGUGUCAGAGAUAAUGAGGGCUAAAGCAGGUAUUUUGGCGUUAGACGUGAUCGAUUUUCGGACAACAUUACCAUGCGCAGCGGAGGAAGGAGAGGUUGUAAUAUAAUGUAUAUAGAAGGUACAUAAUUAUCAGGAUACUUAUUGGUAGUAAUUUAUUUGGAAAAGAAUAAAUAAAAUAAACAAAA